AUGAGCGCAAACGCUGAAACCCCCAGCGCUUGGGAGGACGACUGGGAAUCCCAGGCAGAUACCCUAGCAACCGACCCAUCCAUAGAGCCGGAGAAGAAAGUCUCGUCCAAGAUCACAAAAGCACAGCGCCGCGCGCAGCAGGCAGAGUUCAACCGACAAUUAUGGGCAGAGGCUGACACCCCGCAAACGUUCCACUAUGUUGAAGCGCGCUCCGAGGUUGUACCCCUCAAGCAGGACAUCAAGCCAGCCGUCACCCUCCUCAGCCGAAAACCGCAGAUCGCAACUAGGAGAUCCACCGCGAGGGGAGUAAACGGCGCUACAGCUGGACUUGGACAACUCUGUCUAGAUGGCGAGGAAGACGAUUCAGACGACGAAUCAAAGUCUCGGCAGCCCACGUUUGAGGAACGUCAAGCUAUUGCACUCAAAGCCCGGGAAGAAAAGCAGCGCAAAUACGAGGAAGUUCGAGAAAGGCUCUUCGGCAGUCCAUCUGCUACGACAUCCGGCACUUCAUCUCCCGGAAGUACAACCCCGCCCCGCCAGAACUCGUCAGGAGAUGGCAGAGGAAAGGGCAAGGGCCGUGGUGGUCGGGACUACCAGAAGCGAGACUCGUCUGCUGCGUCAAACAAGUCAAGUCGACAUCUCUACGAUCCCUCGACUUCUACUAAAUCAAGCGGCCCGCAAUUGCAAAGGCGAGAGCGCCAAGGUGGUCAGAGCGGCUCUGAGAAGCCGCCUGCACCGCAGCAGCCGACUCGGAGCCCUCGUGGUCCGGAUGGAAGUGGAAGGGGUGGUUUUGGAUUUGCCAACAGAGGCGCGCGAACAGGCUAA